CUAUUCCUUAUCGCAAGUUCAAUCGCAUGUGUGGAGGCUUUCUCAGUGUGGAAUUUGCGACGUGCAGGAAAGUAGCUGUUGCAGGCGUUUCGGUUUGAUUUGCGAGCGCUCUUGGCUGGUUGACGCUGGCCGAACUUUGAGCGGUUCAAAAAAUUUUUUUGGGUCGAAUUCACACAGCUAGGGGCAUGCGGUAGGAGGUCAAAGGUGAUGUGGGUGGAAGCAGUCGCUUCGGCGAUGUUUAGAGUUUGGCUGUGUCUCGUGCCCGUCCUUCUGACGGUGGCUCCGGGACCAGCGGCACCGACCGGCCCAUCUGGAUCAGAAAAGAUAAACAUCACCGAAAUUUUAAACAGCUUCUUUGACAAAGGCUAUGACAAACGAGUUCGACCGAAUUAUGGAGGCCCCCCUGUAAACGUUGGUGUUACUAUGUAUAUUCUUAGUAUUAGUUCCGUCAAUGAAGUACAGAUGGAUUUCACCCUCGAUUUUUAUUUUCGUCAAUCCUGGAAAGACGAUAGACUGGCAUUCGUAGCUCGACCUGGCCUGGACAGUUUAACAGUCGGAGCAGAAGUAGCAGAUCUUAUUUGGGUGCCCGAUACUUUUUUUGCAAAUGAGAAAACGGCAUAUUUCCAUCAAGCUACUACGCCCAACACAUUUUUGAGAAUAAAUUCAGAAGGCGAAGUGUUCAGAAGUAUGCGAUUAACGGUUACAAACAGCUGUCCAAUGGAUCUGAGAUACUUUCCAAUGGAUCGGCAACAAUGCACAGUCGAAGUGGAGAGUUUUGGCUAUACUAUGAAAGAUAUAAGGUACUGGUGGCUGGAAGGUCCAAAAUCAGUUGGCAUGUCAAGCGAUGUUGAAUUACCGCAGUUUAAGGUCAUCGGACACCGACAACGGUCAAAGGAAGUGCCACUCACCACAGGAAACUACUCUCGUCUCAUCUGUGAAAUCCAAUUCAUUCGUAGCAUGGGCUACUACCUGAUCCAAAUCUACAUCCCAGCAGGACUCAUUGUCAUCAUCUCUUGGGUGUCUUUCUGGCUGCAUCGCAACGCCACUCCAGCCAGGGUGGCUCUUGGAGUGACCACUGUGCUCACCAUGACCACCCUUAUGUCCAGUACCAAUGCCGCCUUACCCAAGAUUUCCUACAUCAAGAGCAUCGAUGUUUAUCUGGGCACCUGCUUCGUGAUGGUGUUUGCCUCCCUCCUGGAGUAUGCAACCGUUGGCUAUUUGGGCAAGAGAAUCGCCAUGCGCAAGACUCGUACCCAACUGAUUGCCAAGAUUGCUGAGCAGCAUCGUCAGAGGUGUUUAGCCCACCAUGCAGCCACUUCUUCCGCCUCAACAGCCGAUGGCGGGACUGGUGAUGCUGCUGUGCUGGUUGCCGCCAACAAUGAGAUACCUAUGGUCAGAACGGCCGUUAGUACUCACCGGUACCGCUGCGACGGACUCAACCCUUCCUCAAACCAGGAAGUUCGUUUGAAGAUGGUUGAUCCAAAGUGCUACUCCUCCAAGACCUCCACCUUGGAGAAUCCCAUCAAUUUAAGUCAUGAAUACGACGCUGCAGCCUUUUACAAGAAUACGAAUAAGCUCUUUGGCGUCAGCCCCAGCGACAUUGACAAAUACUCCCGCGUCGUUUUCCCAGUGUGUUUUGUCUGUUUCAAUCUCAUGUACUGGAUCAUUUAUUUACAUAUCAGCGAUGUACUAGAUGAAGGCAUUGUGCCAUUGGGUAGUAAAUGACCCUUCUCGUGCAUGGUCUUUGGUUUUGGUCUUCUCACCAAGGACAGAUACCAGAGAAAACAUGAAGGUUCGCUUCUCCACGAACCUCUUAUUAGCACCAGGCUCUUAAUGUAUGUUGAAUGUGUGUGUGUGUUUGUUUUCUACGGGGAACUUCGCACUUUUAAUUUUGGUACCAGUCACCUCAUCACUGUCAUAUGUUGCAUCUAGUCUAGAUACCACAAGAGGAGGGAAAGAAUCUCUUUGAAUUUUAAACCAGAACAUAUACCCUAUGGAAAGACGACGGUAUUUUGUAGGAUCGACAACAAUUGCUUUAUUUUCAAGGCUUCUGGAAUUUUCUUUCGCGCCAACAUUACUAAUCGUUCGGCUAAUAAAAUGGAAUUAGCCCAAAGGAUGAACAUUUUCUAUCCCCUUAUCUUCAGUAUCCAGUGGAGAUCGUGAUAGUAUAUGUUACUUGUUUAUGUUCCAUUCAUAUCUCAUGUCAAUGUACAUCUAAUCUCGCGUACACACAGUAACAGCCCUACAAUACAAUCUCUUAUUUCUGGUUUCUCAUUCUUCAGAGCUUAUCAACAUAUUCAUUGUUAUUUCAAGGCAGAUUAAAUAAGGACUGCUAGAUUUUUGUCAGUUUUUGUCACUAAAUUUUGUUAUUUAGAUAAAUAUUUUGAGCAUUCAGAAAAAUAACUUUCUGUAACCCACGAACUUAAAAUCAGCCGCGAUUUUUAAGAAAUAGUUAUAUUUUACAAAAGAGAAAAAUGCGCUCAUAACAAGAAAAUAUUCGCAUAAUAAAUAUCUUAUAAUAGAGAUUAAAUUAAAUAAAUUGAUUCUUUAGGCCAUUAGAAACUAGGCAUUUUAUUUAUUUUCUUAGCUCAAAAUCCGCCACAUUAAAUUUUUCUGAGCUCUAAGCGAUCAAGUCCUAAGAUAAAAUAAGUUUAAUAGUUGAUAAGCAAACACAAUUCUUUUAGCUUUAUUCAUUUAAAAAAAUAAAUAAUUUUUUAGAAAAGUGUUAAG